AUGAAUUAACCGAGAAGCAAAAGUUUAAGAGUUGACACUUCUAGUGAAUAAUCAAAUCUAAAUAAGGAGAUGGUUACAAAAUUAUAAUCUUUAAACCCUUCUUCCUUUGUUACUUAUGAAGUUUUGGAUUUAUUUUUUACUCAAUUAUAGUCAGUUUUAAGAGAAAUAUAAGUUAAAUAACAAGACUUUGAAAAAAUCUUUAGUUAUUUUAAGACAUUUAAUGAAUUCGAAAAUAAGCUUAAUGAUUUAGAAUAAGUAGUGAAUAGAAUAGCUUAAGUAGUAAUUCCACUUCAGGAAGAAUUAAUUGAGAAAGUUUAAAAGAGUCAAAUAUAACAAUAANACCAACAUUUUUAAGAUAUUCGAUUAAUUCUGGUGCUUUGA